GGACUGAAUACUUGAAUCCGUUCCAAACGUCUUUCAACUUAUUGACCGUUUUUGUCUAUCAGCGACACGAUUGCAAUUUCUUUCACAUCAGUACGCCCGCUUCAUUUCCUUGAGUUCCUCCCACUGUUAUAUCAAUACUGCGCACAGGCAUAUAUAAACGUAUCAAUUGAUCAUUAUCAAUUCCACAACAAUAUCAUGUCCGAGUCAAUGUUUGGCUCUCCUUCUCAACUUUUAACCACCAAGCUUGGAUCCGACUCAAUGCAGACUGGCAAUGGGGUCCGUAUGUCGGUCCCUGUUCACCAACCGCCACCUAGUUUUGCAGAUAUCCAAUUCGGUACCAUCGGAAAACCGCCCAAUUUACUCAGUCGCAUUUCUGCGCCCGAUCCAGGUCAAAUGUCCUUUCAUUCUCCCUCACCACCAACGUUGCAUCUUCCACCCCCAGUGCCUACCCAUGCCCCAGUUACAAAUUCGCGAAAGCUGGCUGAGCGAAUUCAAAUGGGUCCUUCACAACUCAACUCCUCAGCAAAAUCCCAAAAUCUUCAUCCAGCACGUGAACCGCUCCCUGCACCACGGAUAGAUCGCAAGCCGUUACUGCAAGCCCUCGCCAAUGCUCCCGCCAAUAAAGUCAGAGAGGCGUUAACGCCCGGACUCGUCUAUCCAGGCUCAUUUAUUGUAACUCCGACCACUGAACAAUCCAAUCGUAACAUUUUGUCAUCGUCCAAUCCGUCUGGGUCGCCUAAAUCACAUCAUUCCGUAGGAUUCUCUCCUCAAGCAACCCCGAUAUCUCUUUCUCCGAAUUCUAAAACGGCUGGGACUAGCUCAAGCCAAGUUUCAGACGUUCAAGUUGCACAAGACUCAUUAUCUGCUUUAUACGCUAGGCUUCUAGAAAAGAGCAAAACUGUAUCUCUUGCUCUUCCUACAUCGUCUGUCAGGACCCCAUCCCCAUUUGCACCACCUCCGGAUAUACCCGACUUAGCUGCCAGCAUUCGCAGUGAAAUGAAUGUGGAGGAUCUUAGUGCCAUUGUUCUUCGACACCCGUAUCCUCAAAGCAAUUCCACUUCAAAUGCUGACGAUGCCUCGCGGAACAUCCGCACUGAGUCAUUAGUGCAAGUCAUCAAAAAGCUUCAAUCCGUCGCCGAGGGCGCUGUCAAACUACAACUUGAUGCAAACCAAGCGUUCGAGAAACACAUGCUCACGAGGGAGGCGGAAUGUGAAGCUCAGAUGCAAAUGGAACAGAGACUCGUGGCGCUGGAGGAGGAAUCGCGACUCCGAGAAGAAACGAGGCGCGCUCGAGAUGCUCAACGCCGUGCGCAAGACGAUCAGCGAAGGUUCGAGGACGAGUCAAGACGAACGGCCAUUCAGAAAGAGAUCGAUGAAGCGAUGAAGCUUCUCCAAGAAUGGGAAACAGAGAAAGAGCGUGUCGAGAGAGAAAGGACUCUGGCCCAAAAUAAUGCAGUGCCACUCCAACUUUUUGCCGAUAUCGAACCUCGUAUUAAGGCGGUCGAUUACCAUAACAAGUCUUUGAAUCUCAAAAAGCAAAUCGCUUUGAUUCGUCAAUCUUUCGAUACCCUCCAGAAUAUGAAGAAGACGCAGCGACAGCUGGGUCGAAGAGGAUGCGCAGAGGUUCUUCGAGGCACAGUCGCAAAACAUCCAGCAAGAUAUGAAUAUGGCAUCGCCGCUCGACCAUACUGUGCCAUUGCCAGGUCAAAAAGACCUCUCAUUCUCAGGGAACUUCGGGCAAUGUUAUGCUUGGUGCAUCAACCUCGAACGGUCCCCCCUUCAUCGUCAAUGUCAACUCCCACGUCAUCGUCAACUGCCCCAGCCUCCUAUAAGACACCCUCAUUUGUACAGUUCUCUCUACAUUUUUCUGCUUCUCCCCCCCUAUCAGACGGGCCUCUGCCGACUUCCAAAAAGGUCGCGUUGCCCAGCACUCCCAACGAUAGCAAUGAUCAACAGGCGAAUCUCUCACCAGCUCAGAGAGCUGCGAAUUUGCGACACAUCAAGAAGAACAGACAUCGUGUUGAGGAGAGUGCUGCUGGAGAUCGGAGCGUGAAACAACCUGAUAACCCGCUUCCUAUCAAGGUGAUAAAAACAGAAGAACUGGAGCAGACUAGUAGUCUCCUUGAAAAAGGAUCAUCCACGCGAUCUACUAUCGAUACCAUGGCUAAAACUACGAACACCGAUGCUUCUCAAAUAAAUGAUAUUCCUCAAACUUCCGUCGAACUUACGGGUAUAACAGAGUCAGUGACAGGGCUCGCACCGAACAGCCCAAGUCCCUGGGUCAUGGAUGCCUCUGUGGUCCGUCAGGAAUGGACUCCAGAUGCCAUAUCCUCUCAUUCUGAGCCAUCGGAAUCUACCUGUCGUCGCGAUCCCAAUCAACGCUCUCGACAGAAUUCCCAAAUUGAUGGACGAACUAGAUCCCCAGAAUCCUCGGGCUUCACCCGAGGUAAUGGUACCAGCGGCGAGUCUCGUAGUCAGCGUCAGCGACGGGCUCCCCGUUAUUCAGACCAUUAUUCUCCCCCUCCUACCUCUGCGACGUCAUCUCAUCAUCGGCACCUCGAACAGAAUGAGGCCGGAGCUUACGUGCAUCCCAUUCCUCCUCAUCCAAUGUCGCCAAUGAACAGUAGCAGAAAGAGGCCAGCAGAGCACGAUACUGAAUAUGACAAUCGUGAUCGCCGUCGACCACGAGGCGGUCAUUAUGCACCAGAACGAGACUAUCGAAAUUCUAGUGGACUUUCCCGUCAGUCUCCUGCUAUAGAAACGGAGUGGCAAAGGGGCCGUUCUACCUCACUAGAACGGCGCAGCUCAAUUCACGAUCGACUACGGUCGCCCUCGCCCUCCCGUCAGAUUAGGCCGCACACUGAGAGAAAUACAUUUGAAAGGCACGGACGGAAUGAAGGCAGUUACAGACCGGAUUACACUAACGCCUGCGGAUGGCCGGCCGUGGAGGAGCGUGAUUUUCGAGGACGUGGAAACAUCAACCGCGGUAGGGGGCGCGGUAAAGGUGACGUUGGGAGAGGAAGGGGUGGUGCUGGUGGCCGAGGUCGACCACAACAACCAUUACCAUCGAGGCCCUUGGAGGAACGUAUCGCGAAAUAGGGUGAAAGCCUGGUAUUUGUAAGGUUUGAUGUUUUUUUCUCUAGUCUAUCCCUUCAUGUCUUGCAGUGGUCUCAUGUUCUCUAUGCUAUGUGACAUGUCUGUCUUUAAUCUACAAAGUGCAAUGUUGAUACAAAGUGUGUGAUUUA